AUGUUUCGAAUCCUUGAAUCGCAAGCUCCGGCCAAACAAACGGCAACGGAUACAAUCGACGUUCUUAGCAAUCGAUUGCAGAGUGCCACUUUACUAGAAGAUCGACGGGCCGCAAUCCAAGGCCUACGAAGCUUUGCAAAGCUCUAUCCAGCAUCUGUUGCUUCAGGAGGCUUACGGUCUCUUAUCAGCAGCCUGCGCAAUGAUAGCGAGGAUGUCGACACCUUGAAGGUGGUCCUAGAGACCCUAUUGAUGCUAUUUACCCCAGAUGAGAAUAGUCCUGAAGCGUCAGAUGAAAUUGCUCUCUGGCUGGCAGACGAAUUUACCCAGCGACAAGAUAACAUCACCAUACUCUUAGACCUCCUCGAAACCCGAGACUUCUAUUCACGUCUUUACUCCCUCCAGUUGAUGUCCCACAUAUCUGCUGCACGACCAGAGCGAACACAGGAAUGUAUUUUUACGGCACCUUUGGGUAUUUCUCGGCUAGUAAAUGUGCUGACAGACUCGAGAGAGCCGGUCCGCAAUGAGGCUCUAGUACUGCUCAUUGUCCUGACUCCAUCUUCGGAAGAGCUACAGAAGCUUGUUGCGUUUGAGAAUGCAUUUGAGAUCUUGUUCUCCCUGAUAGAAUCCGAAGGCUACUUAACCCAUGGCACCGAAGUAGUGGAAGACUGUCUGUCUUUACUCGCCCACCUCCUGAGAUAUAAUAUAUCAAAUCAGUCAUACUUUCGGGAGACUGGCUGCGUGCAGAAGGUAACAAGGCUUCUCGCUGAGUGCCAGCAAGACCUGGAGGGUGACGAGGCCCCCUCACAGUGGGCCCUAGUGCAACGCGACAAGAAUGUGUGGGGUCUUCUGGCCAUCAUUCAACUCUUCUUGAUUCGGGGUGGCAAAGGGACUCCCAGCAAUCAGACUGCAUUUUGGCAACACGGUGUGACAGAGCAGGUACUCAGCAUAGCCUUUGGGCAGAGAUUCAGUGUCAAUGUCACAGCAAAGGCUUUGGCGACAUGUGCAGAUCUCAUACGCGGCAACUCACCACUUCAAGAACGCUUCGGAGAUAUUGAAGUCUCAUGGGGCUCACAUUCGCCUGGGAAUAAGACUGCCAACGGGAGUACAGAACCAGAGCGAAUCAAUGUUAUCGAAGCUUUCCUGAAAUUGAGUCUCGAGCCUUCGCCUAACAAUAUGUUAGAUGCUCGACUCGCGGCCUGCGAGUGUAUGAAAGCAUUCUUUGCUCACCAUCCUGGUAUUCGGAUGCACGUGCUACGACGUGCUAUCGAGGGACAUACUAGUGGACAAGACCGCAUCCCUAAUAUUCUGUCCGUAUUGCUCACGCCACCUGACUCCCGAGGGAACGCCGAUCCAUAUCAAGUAUGGAUGGCUUGUGUCUUGAUGUCUCACCUCAUUCUUGAUGACCACGAAGCCAAGUCUACUGUAAUGGGCGUUACCGAGGGCGAUGCUGAAAGUGGCGAAGAGGUUGUCACAAGUGUCCAGUCCGUGGUUGCAAACUUAAUCACCGGGCUUCAACGUGGGGACGAUGAAAGAAUCACAGUCGGCUAUUUAAUGCUGCUAUGUGGUUGGCUCUAUGAAGACCCAGAUGUGGUCAAUGAUCUACUUGGAGAAGGAAGUAGCAUCCAAACACUGCUACAAGAGAUCAAGCACCAAAGGGUACCUAGCAAGUUGAUUCCUGGUCUUUGUACAGCACUUUUGGGAAUCAUCUACGAGUUUUCUACCAAGGAUUCACCCAUCCCUCGAGUCACCCUUCACAAGUUGCUCGAGGAGCAACUCGGAAGAGAGCAGUAUAUCGAUAAAAUCACGAAGCUAAGAGAAUGUCCAUUGGUUCGUGACUUCGAAGUUCUCCCCCAAACAGCAGCUGGGCAACUCGAGGGGGGACUGCCCGAAGUGUUUUUUGACCAGUCAUUCAUUGAAUUCCUUAAGGACAACUUUAGUCGCCUGAUUCGAUCGAUUGACCGCGAACCGGGCUUUGAGGUCUCAAUCGUUGCAAAUGGAGUUGAAAAGGGUGUUUCACGAGAAUUGGUAGACUCUUUACGGGCAGAACUCGAAGAUCGAAGUCAAUCCAUUCAGAAGCUCGAAACAGACCUUGUCGAUAUCCAGCGAAAACUCGAUCAAGAAUUGUCAGAUCAUCGAAAGACGAAGGAAUCGAGCUCAUGGGAGCUUUCAAAGGCCCAGCAAACUCAGCAGCAACUUCAGUACGGCCGCGAUCAGGAUUUGGCAAAGCUCGAAGCGCAGCAUGUACAGUCAAAGAACGAGCUGCUCAAACAGCAUGGAGAGCAGCUUCGUGCAAUUGACAAUCAAUUGAAGCAGGCCUCGGCUGAAUAUGAAAGAAAGAGCACAAAGCUGCGAGAACAUCAUGAGCAUGAGACUGCUGGGUUCCAGAAAACUAUUCGCGGGUUGGAAUCUGAGCUGACCAAGACUCGAGACCGGCAUGUUGGUGAGAUCAAUGGCUUGAAGAAGACUAUUCAAGAUCUCAAUACUUCCAUUGGUCAGUCUCAAGAAGGCCACGCGGGUGAAAUUUCACACCUAGAACAGCAAGUUCGGACACUAGAGUCUACUAUUGCUCAACUCCAGGACAGUCAUACUGGAGAGAUUUCCGGCCUCAACAAAACAAUUGAAGAGUUGAGGUCGACCGCCGGAAAAUCUGGCAAAACUCAUGCUGAAGAGACUGCGGCGUUGCAGAAAACUAUCCAGGGAUUGGAGUCGGAUAUCAAGAAAUCAAAUGACGCCCAUUCGGAUAAGGUUCAGGGUCUCCAAAACAAGUUGCAGAGUGUGGAGUCUCUCCUUGCAUCGACCAAAAGUCAACAGGAGACCGAGGUCGCAGGGCUCAGGGAGCAGAUUGGAACUUUGGAGUCGAACCUGACGGCUGCUCAAGGACAACAGAACGGCGAGGCUGCUGAGCUCAAGAAGACAAUCGAGAGCCUUCGCUCAGACCUUGAUGAGGCCAAAUCAAAGGCCACGAAGGAUGCUGAGGCCACCAGUGAAAGUGUUGCGUCGCAAAUUUCUGCGUUGGAAGCACGCGCCGCUGAGGCUGAGCGUAAAGCCAAGGAAGCUGAGUCGCAAGCACAAAGCGCCAAAGAGGCACUUAAGCAGGCACAAGCCCAAUUUGAAAAGACCCAUUCCGAAGUUCAAGAGAAAGAAGAGGCUCGGCAAGCCACCCAGUCAGAAUUGGACGAUCUAUUGAUUGUCUUCGGUGAUCUAGAAGCCAAGAGGAGCGAGGAUAAGCAACGUCUCAAGGAGCUGGGUGAGGAAGUCUCGGAGGAUGAAGAUGAUGAUGAGGAUGCGGACGAGGAGUAG